AUGAGGACGAUGCAGAUAUGUCUGCUGGCCGCAGUGCUGGCGCUGGUGGUGCCCGGCUCUACGGCCCAGCGUCCCGGCGACCUGCUCGGCAACCUGCCCCCGGCUGGGGAGCUCAGCGUAGCACACUACUUUCCUGAGCAUCCCGACAAGCAGUUCCCCGCUGGUGACAUCAUCAGCGUUGUUGUCAGCGGCCACAACACCGGCGCCAAGCCCAUGAACCUCUCGGCGAUCGUCGGCUCGAUCAACUCGCCCGAGAAGUAUGAGAUGUUCAUCCAGAACUUUACCAUCGGGCGCUACUUUGCGCCCCUGGCCCCCGGGGCGGAGGCUUCCAUCGAGUACAAGUUCAGGGCCGACCCCAUCCUGGGCAGCACGCCCGCGCGGGAGUUCAUCGUGGCGCUGCACCUGUUCUACGAGGUGGAGGGGUCCUACUUUAGCACCACCUUCUUCAACCAGACCGUCGACAUCACAGAGGCACCCAAGCUCGUGGACACGGACUUGAUCUGGCUGGUGGGGACGCUGCUCGCCGGCCUGGGCGCCGCUGGCUACUUUGCGUUCACCAAGCUGUCUGAGAAGCUGGGCCUCAACAAGGGCAAGGCCAAGAAGGCCAAGAAAGCGGAGGGCCCUGUUACCAUCGACGAGGACGACUGGGUCAAGGGCACCCACUACGAGGUGCAGAAGAGGCGGCGGGCGGCGGCGGCCAAGAAGGCGUGA